UUCGCGCAUCCGUCUCAUUCUCCCUGAAUAACUUUUCUAACGGGGUAAGCUGAAGAGGAAGCCCUAAAACAGAUGUUUAGGCUGUAUUUGCUGAGCAGUUUGGUGUCUGGGCGGUUCUCCUGCCGUUUCUCUAGCGGGCAGUAACCCUCCCCGGCGGUGUACAGAAGCUGAGGCUGAAGCUGCUGCUGUGUGGAGGUGAAAGUGCCAAUAAACGGAGCUCCGCGCCGUUAGCCUAGCAUAGCAGCCCAACCGCAGCAUCAUGGCGGAGCAAGGCGAGUCUCCGGCUCCCGGCCAGAAUCCGCAACCAGUGCUCACAACCAGCUGGCCGAUUGUCAAGGAGGCGUACGAGCUGCAGGAGGUUAUAGGCAGUGGGGCCACAGCAGUAGUCCAGGCUGCUCUCUGCGUCCCUCGACAAGAGCGUGUUGCCAUCAAGAGGAUCAACCUGGAGAAAUGCCAGACCAGCAUGGAAGAACUACUGAAAGAAAUCCAAGCAAUGAGCCAGUGCAACCAUCCAAAUGUAGUGACCUAUUAUACCUCAUUUGUGGUGAAGGAUGAGCUUUGGCUGGUUAUGAAACUCCUCAGCGGAGGAUCAGUGUUGGAUAUUAUAAAGCACACAUGUAGCAGAGGCGAGCACAAAAAUGGUGUUUUGGAUGAACCCACGAUAGCUACCAUUUUAAAAGAAGUUUUAGAGGGUCUUGACUAUCUGCACAAGAACGGACAGAUUCACAGGGAUGUGAAAGCUGGGAACAUCCUGUUGGGAGAAGAUGGCUCAGUGCAGAUAGCAGACUUUGGUGUGAGUGCAUUUCUGGCAACUGGAGGAGAUGUAACCAGACAUAAAGUUAGAAAAACGUUUGUGGGAACUCCGUGCUGGAUGGCUCCAGAAGUGAUGGAACAGGUACGAGGUUAUGACUUCAAAGCUGACAUUUGGAGCUUUGGAAUUACUGCCAUAGAACUGGCUACUGGAUCGGCACCCUACCACCGAUACCCCCCUAUGAAGGUCUUAAUGCUGACGCUGCAGAAUGAUCCCCCAACUCUAGAAACAGGAGUAGAGGACAAAGAGAUGUUAAAGAAAUACGGGAAAUCUUUUAGAAAACUAAUUACUCUGUGCCUUCAGAAGGACCCCGCUAAGAGGCCGACUGCGUCAGAACUUUUGAAAUGUAAAUUUUUCCAAAAGGCCAAGAACAGAGAGUACCUGGUUGAGAAGCUGCUUUGUAAAGGACCAAAUAUAAGCCAAAGAGCCAAAAAGGUGAGACGAGUGCCCGGAUCAAGCGGUCACUUGCACAAGACUGAGGACGGAGACUGGGAAUGGAGUGAUGAUGAGAUGGAUGAAAGGAGUGAAGAAGGGAAAGCAGCUGUUAAUCAAGGAAGGUCACGGAGGGUCAAAGACGAAAACCGGGAUGGGGAAGUGAAUGCCAACAAUGUCCCUAUAGAAGGCCUGUCCAUUCAGCAUCCCCAGGUUCAACCAUUGGAAAAAAACCCAAGCACUCAGGGUGCUGUGAACAUGGUCCUGAGGCUAAGGAACUCGAGGAAGGAGCUGAAUGACAUACGGUUUGAAUUCACUCCAGGACAAGAUACUGCUGAUGGUGUUUCUCAGGAGCUAUUUUCUGCUGGUCUGGUCAAUGGCCAUGAUGUUGUAGUUGUUGCUGCUAACCUUCAGAAGAUUGUAGAAGACCCAGUUACCUAUAAAGUGUUGACCUUUAGGCUGGCAUCCGGCUGCGACAGCACAGAGAUUCCAGAUGAGGUGAAGCUGAUUGGCUUUGCCCAGUUGAGUGUUACCUGAUGGCCUGUCUGUGACUGAUGAGGAGGAAGAGGAGAGGAGGAGGGAGGAGGCCCUGUAUGAAGAGACUGAAUGCCACAGGAAGAGUAGACUGGGUUUAGUACCAACCUCCAUGCUACUCCUACACGCUCACAACUCCAUAUCCUCUCACUCACCUCUUUCCUCCUCACAACCACCUUCUACCCUUCUCAAUAAAGUUAGCAUCGCUCAAUAUCCCAGACAUACAACCUCCCCUCAGCGCGCACACAUGCACUUCCCUAAGCCUCCCCCGGCCUAAAUGCUGUCCCCGCAAUGCCUCUCAACAACAUUCCAUCACCCACUUCCCCAAGUACAGAGCAGAACUCAGCCCUGCUAACUCUUGAUGCUCUCAGGUGGCAAUAGCUAGUGAUAAAAAAAAAAAAAA